CUUACAGAUGGGGAAGCCAUAGGGAGUUUGUAUCAUGGCAGCAGACGAGGAUGGACUGGGACUGUUUGAUACCCGCUACAGUGCUGAAGCAUCCUCCUUCAAGGAAGGUGAUGAGAGCUCAGUGGAUAUUUAUGAUGACUUGGACAACAGUUUGCCAGUUUCUGACAAUUCUGCUCCGAAUUCUACACCGUCUGGAAACAGCUUAAAUUUAUUUGAUGAGAUUUUGAUUGAAGAAGGGACUGCAAAGGAAGCAUCCUACAAUGAGUUGCAGGCAGAAUACAGAAAAUGUCAACAGCAAAUUAAAGAAUUGAUGAAGAAAUUUAAGGAAAUACAGGCACAGAAUGUCAUUCUACAGAAUGAAAACCAGGCUCUCAAAAAGAAUAUUUCAGCACUUAUCAAAACAGCAAGAGUGGAAAUAAACCGUAAGGAUGAAGAAAUCAGUAAUCUCCAUCAAAGGCUCUCAGAAUUUCCCAGUCAUCGAAGUAGUUUCAACAGGACGUACCUUCCAGGAUCAACUAAUGGCAGGUGCUCCGAGAUGUGUAAAACGAAAGAUUCCAAAUUCAGAUCUUCCAAUUCAGUUGACAGUAUAAAGAUGGAGCAUAAAAUGAAAAAUGACUGUUCGAAAGAUCCAUACCACAGUUACUCAUCUCGUAAUACAGACAAUGGGAAGUCUGGCUCUGAAAAAAGAAGCACUCCAUAUUUACUGAAAUACCCUCCCGAAAUGCUCUGCAAUGAUGGCACUCCCACGUGUCUACCGAACUAUGACCAUGGUUCCAGCAAGGAUAGCAGGAGGGAACGAAAAGAAAUUAGAAAUAAUGAACAGUACAGUGGAGGAAGUGUCAACAAAUACAAAAGAGAAGUGCAUCAGAGCACUGGAAACAGUGGUGACAGUGAAGAGGGGAAUUCAGAUCCUCAGCAAAAGCUGAAAACCCUGUCAGAGAAGGCUGAUAAAAGUGAGUUGCAGCAAAAAAGUCAGAGUGUAAAACUCAAAUGCAGUCCAAAUGUAGAAAGAAGAGUAGAAAGGGGCCUUACUUCCUGGGAGAAACAAACUACCAGUAAAGACAGAUUACAAACAAGAGCUGAACUCUAUGCUGAUGAAAGAUCGCAAAAUGCAUUAAAAAAAGAUGUUAAAACACAUGAUAAAGAAGAAAAAAAGGAUAAAAGCGCUGGCCAAAAAGCUAAACCAAAUGAAAAGCUACAAGAGCAAUCAAGGAGGUCUGGUAGGGGGAGUAGUCCACACUCAAAGAAUGAACAUUCAAGGAGUCUUCAUGAAUCACAUAGAUGUCGGGUGGAAGAGUCUAGAAAAGCAAAAGACAUUGACUGCAAGAGGGACAGGGGAACAAACGAUCAUGCUUCACCUUCUAAUUCCAACAGCAGAGAGCAUAAAUACGCACGCUUAAAGGAAAAUAGUAGUAGAUACGAAUGGGAAACAGCACAUUCCAAAUCAGAAAGACACAGAACUGAAGAAAAAAGGAAAAGAGAAAGAGAUAAUCAGGAUGAAAAUAGACACUUUAGAAAUGUAAAAAAGGUUGCAAAAGAGAUUUCUCACCGAUCUGCAAAAGAAUCCAAGAAAGACACAGAUAUUACAAAAAGUGAGAGAAACAAGUCCUGUAAGCUAGAAGAAACACCCAGAGUAGCAGAUAACGUAAAAGACCAUAAAGUUCCCAAAACUAAAGGUGAUCACACUGGGACAACAAGCAAAGACUUGAAACUUAGCUUUAUGGAAAAGCUGAAUCUAACUCUUUCUCCUGCUAAGAAGCAGUGUCUCUCUCCAACGGAUGGACUUCAGACACCUUCCCAAAGAGCUGCUGAGGAGGAAAGCCCAGAGUUCACGCUGCAGGCAGAGCUAUUGGGUUCUGCCCACCCACUUAACUGUGGUCCCACAGAGCAAAUGAACCCAGCAUUACGGGUUCUGGACAGCAUAGCAAAAAGCGACGUGCAACCAGCACUGCUGCCCCUCGCUGUCCACUCUGAAAACGAAACCUUGGAAGCAGCAGCAGCAGCAGAUCCAGCCCGGUCUGGGUCUGAAGGAUUGCCAGCAGUGGCAACUGAAGAACUGAGCUCAGAGACCUUACCAGAAGCAGAAGAGGGUCAAGUACAGCCCCAAGCCUUGCCAGGGGCAGCAGAGAUGCUGGGUCCUCAGGAGAUGGAGCCAGAAGUGUCAUCAGAAGCAGCAGAGGUUUGUGAUCUGUUUCAGUCAGAAGCCUCCGAAGCAGCAGAGUCUUGUGAUCUGGUGCAGCCAGAAGCCUCAGCAGCAGCAACAGUGGCAGAUCUGAAUAACCCUGAAUCUUUGCCCCAGGAGGUGACAGGGAGCAUGGCAGAGUGUGAAAACUUGCCUGUGACUGUGGGUGUGAUGCAGGAUGACAAUGUACCGGCGGCAGCAGCAGUGGCACAGGCUGAACCUGCCAGUGAAAGUACAGGAGCCCUUCCAGAGUCAGCAGCAGAUAAGAAAGAGGAAGAUAAAAUAUGUCUGGCUGCUGACGUAGAAGGCUCUGCAGACCAACGUGGCUCUCAAAACCUUGUGUUACAUGAUUUAGAAGCCAAAAGCUCUGGUGACUUGGAGUCAUGUGAUGUCACAUGUGGUGCUAGCGAAACAAAACCAGACUCUCUGAUGGAAAUAUUAAAGGACAGUGAUCACUUGGCUGCAGAAAAUGUUGAAUGUCCCAUUGAGGAAAAGGAUGUCUGUGAUAUUAAUACAAGUACGUCUCAACUUGACAGAGCUGUGUUAACUGAUAAGGAUGAACCACUAGUUGACCAAAAUGCUUGUGACCUGGAGCCAGACCUAACUGAAAUCGGUACUGCAGCGUCUUCUCUUAGUGGUGAGAUGUAUCCCCCAACUAAAGACAGAGAAAGUAAUCCAGUUCCCGUUGAUGAUGACAGCUCAAUACUGAGCAUUGACCUCAAUCACUUGAGGUAUAUUCCGAAGGCGAUCAGCCCUCUGAACAGCCCGAUGCGCCCCUUGGCUAAAGCACUUAAGAUGGAAAGUCCCUGCAAAGGCCUCGUGAAGAGUUAUAACAAAGAUCUAAUUCCUGAAAGUGCUGUUGUCGUCUGUCCCUCAAAGAAUUUGUCGAAGGAGGUAAACAAGGAAAAUCAAAAGCCAGUUAGCAUGUCUGAUGAGCACUUAGAGAUGGAGUCCCAGCUGAGCAUCUCCUCAGAUGAAAUAGAAGAAGGAGAAAUCAUAAGCAGCGAUGAUGAUGCAGAAAAAUCUAAGCUAGAAAGAGACUCUGAAAAUACAAAAAACUCGAGACCAAAAGCUUUGCCCGAGACGCGAAAUUUGACCAGCAGUCCACAGAACCAAAAGAGCAAAACUGUGUAUUGCAACGAAGAUAACGGAAAAUUUGUUUCUGUGAAAGUAAGUACGAAGAACAGAGAGAGGCAUAAAAGUCAGAAUUUCAGAUCUUCAAAGGAUAUGAAGAAAAAUAAAACUGUGAGCAUUGCUUAUCUUGAAAAAAUAGUUCACGUUAUUGUUGAACCUUCAAAUGUACAGGAAGUCAUGCAGAUGCUAAGAGCUGUUCGAAAACAGAUGAGGAAAAACUACAUGAAGUUCAAGGUGCACUUCCCUGUUCAGAAUUUUCACAGAAUUAUAGAAUCUGGUAUCAUAAAUUUUACAUCAUUAAUAAAAUACUUGAAUUUUUCCAAGAUGUCUACAUUAGGUGACACAUUAAAAUUGAACAUCUGUGAUGUUAUAGAGUCCAAACUUAAGCAAGUUAAAAAGAAUGCAAUAGUGGACCGUCUUUUUGAACAACAAGUAUCAGACAUGAAAAAACAGUUAUGGAAAUUUGUAGAUGAACAGCUUGAUUACUUAUUCGACAAGAUAAGGAGAACUAUAAUAAAACUAUGUGAUGUGAGAAAUGUGGCAAAUGAGAGUGAGGAAGGGAAAUUUGAAAGAGCAGGAAAGCCAAAACACAAAAUAGGUCAUAAAAAUGAUGUGCGAAGAUCUAGAAAAAAGUCCCUGAAAGCCAGAUCUCAGAAGCCUGAAGAGUAUAUCCUUUCCAGGCAGAUUGUGGGUUAUCAACGACAUAAGUGUCACCACGAGAAAAAUAAAACAGAUGCACCAAAAAACACCUUUACAAAAUGUCUUAACUCCAUUGAUAAUACGAGGAAUUCCCAAACCAAAGUGCAUCUCUCUAAAGAAAGUAAUUCACAAGGCACUCUCACACCGUUGAAAGGUGUAAAAUAUGACAAGGAAGGAUUCCAGCUGUCCAGAGAUGCUAACAAGUCUGAUCUUAGUUACGAGCUUCUCACAGAGCAACAAGCGUCCAGUCUGACGUUUAAUCUUGUGAGCGAUGCUCAAAUGGGUGAAAUCUUCAAGAGCUUGUUGCAAGGUUCUGAUCUCUUGGAAAAAAACGGUGGCAAUAUUGAUAGAAACGAGUGGGAAUUCAGGACUCCAGAAAAACAGGUUUUAGACAGUCAUAAAUGCAGAGGUAAUGCUGCUGGGCUGGUGCAAGAGCUUGCUCCGAAUGAGGCUUGUGUGCAAUCUCGACCAGUAGAGGAUAUAAACUGUCCCACUGUUUCACCGGUAAGAGCUCCCUCUUUAGCCUCCAGGCUUCAGAUGCCUGUGGAUCCAGAUGUACUCGACGAAAGCUGUAUGUUUGAGGUGCCUACAAAUGCAGCUUCAUGCAAAGAUGACGAGUGCAGUUCACAAAAGAGUAAAUCGUUGGUUUCUUCUAUCCUCCUUGAAGAUUUGGCCGUUUCCUUAACUAUUCCAUCACCUCUGAAAUCAGAUGCUCACCUCAGCUUUCUAAAACCUGAGAAUAAUUCUAGCUCAACUCCCGAGGGUGUUCUCAGUGCACAUUACAGCGAAGAUGCACUUCUCGAAGAGGAGGAUGCCACUGAACAAGACAUCCACUUGGCUUUAGAAUCUGAUAACUCAAGCAGUAAAUCAAGUUGCUCUUCAUCGUGGACAAGUCGUCCUGUCGCUCCCGGUUUUCAGUGUCGUCCCAGCCUACCAAUGCAAGCAGUAAUCAUGGAGAAAUCCAACGAUCAUUUUAUUGUGAAGAUUAGGCGUGCGGUGCCGUCUGCCUCGGCAGCACCAGAUCACGUGGCUUCAGCGAAGGAGGCACGGACAUCCUCGAACAAGAUCGAAAAAGAAGUGAGAAAUGGGGAAAAAGGAAAGGGCAGCCAUAAUGCCACAGCGGCCACUGUGCAAGAAACUGUCAAACCAGAUAUGGGUAAAACUGAUGAGUUGUCUCAUGUCAGCACUGGACAAGAACAAAGUCCUGCCUUACCUCUGAAGGAGUCUCAUAGUAGCAUUGGGAAGGAAGAAACUAGUGGGUUGCUUGGACCCUGUAGAAAAUCUUCAAACACAGAGAGCCAUGACAACGAAAGCCUAGAUGAAGACUCUGAGCAAUCUCAGGUGCACAAAUUGAAAGUUUCUGAAAACAUAAAUGAAACCGGUGUUGGGUCUCAAGCUUCUUUUAUUGGAUGCGGUAUUGAGUCGUACAUAGACUUAACAGAUGAUAUUGUGAGUGAAAUGCCCUGUUGUGGAGUGGAAUCCACUGCAGGUAAUGAGACUCGGGAAACCUCUACAGGAAACUCGGAAAUCGGUGAUAAAAAGGAAGAACCGAAAGAGUGCACAGAUGCGUUUAUAGACUUAACGGAAGAGCUUUCCAAUGAGACUGUAGCAGGUGAAUGCAGUCUUGAAACAAAAUCCACUUCAAAUACUGAUACAGGAUGCCAAAUAAGUAUAGAUGAUAAAACUAGCAGAAAAAGGAAAAUGGAGGCUGUUGGAGAGAAUUGCAACUCAAAAAAGCAACGGGAAGAAACUGUGUCAGCAGGUGAAGGGAGUGAAGCGAGUGAUGUGAAGUCUGAAGAGGUAAAUUCAACACCCAAACAAUGUUCCAGCAAGAUGAAUGAGCUGCAGCAGAACAAAGACUCUUUGCCUUUGGCUUCAUCUGCAUCAUCACCUAGCCUGUAUGCCAAAAACAUUAUUAAAAAGAAGGGAGAAGUAGUAGUUUCCUGGACGAGAAACGACGACCGAGAAAUUUUACUGGAAUGUCAGAGAAAAGGACCGUCAAGCAAAACUUUUGUUUCCUUAGCCACUAGGCUGAACAAAAGCCCAAAUCAGGUUUCAGAAAGAUUCAAGCAGUUAAUGAAGCUGUUCAAGAAAUCCAGGUGCAAGUAA